AUGUCAUAUUUAAAGAAUCCUACAAAAUAUCAUUUAGAACAAAUAUCAGAAACUCUUCAUAAUUCAUUCAAUGGAAGCAAAGUUAGACCAACUAACUUAAGAAUAGAUACAACUCAAUCUUAUGUACCUGGUCAUAUAAAGCAAAAAUCAAAAUCUUUCAAAGUGGAUCUUAAUCAAAAUGUUAACACUCAAUCCUCUACAAUGUCGUCUCUUUUACCUGAAACUAUUAACGAAAAGAUUCACGAAUUAUAUGUUCUUAUACCAGAUAAUUUUCUUAAACACAGUUCUACUGGCAAACCAAGUAAAAGUGUGGUGCUCCGUAAAGUUGUAGAAUAUAUCAAACAUCUCAAACAACUGGUAGGCGAACAACAAAAACACAAUAUAGUCUUAGAAAAUACAUUAAGGGAUAUGAAGCCUGAGAU